AUGGGUUGCGUUGCAACCGCAAGUGUGCCAAUUGGUAUCAAUUUUACAUUAGUCUCAUUGUAUACAUUUUAUACCGAUAUUGAAAGCAUCCGCUCAUUGACUCCGAUAUCUGUUGGGAAAGAAGCAGAAGACAGUGAAUCUGAUAUGGAUAACAAUUCAAUUAAAAGUAGUUUUUUCGAUGUUUCUACUCACAGCACAAGUAAAAAGAGAAUGUUAGAAUUGGAAGUAGUGCCAAAUGUGCCUAAGCUCAUUGACAACAAGAGGAAAAGGCUAGAAAAAAGGUUAUCAGCAGCUCAAAGAGAUCAGAAACUUAUUGAAGUUGCUAAGAAGAUGCAGCCAUGCGAAGACACAUGCUUGGAAUGCUUCAAGCAUUCGUCAACAACUACAACUGGUGCAAUGGAAAAUAUGUCUGCCACACUUAAAGAAAUGUCCCAAGAUAUGACUCAAGCUAUGGUGCUACUAGCAAAUGCUUUUAACCGACCACAACAGCCUGCCCACCAUCACCCAGGAUUUAUGCCUUAUCAUUUCAAUCAGCCAAUAUACUUUGGUAGUGGACUUAUUCAACCUGUUUCCUAUCCAGAUGACCAUUUGCUCUAUUGA